AUGCCGCCGGAAAGUUUCUCAUACGGAGGAUUCAACUAUCGCUUCGCCAAGUACAAUGCCACUGCAGGCUAUGACAACGUUCUCACCUCAGGACAGGAAAUUGCGGUCCCACGGUCUAAAUAUUUCAGCUACCAGAUGCUCGCCGCAUCGGAAUCUGGUAUGGCCUCAGGCUCAGUGCUAGCCAAGUAUGCGGAUGGCAGCACGACCAGUGGCUCGCUGCUAGUCCCAGCUUGGUGGACCUGGCCGUACCCCGAAGGUGGAGACCUGAUAUUCACUUGUUACUUGACCGAAAAUGACACCAACUGGAAUCGCUCCAAUAUAUUUCAAACUACCACUUGGUUGGACUCAUCCAAAGAACUCGUCUCAUUAACCUUUCCCAAUAGCUCCAUUGGGUCAUCCACGAGUCCUGGAGGAGCGACCAUCAGCACCAAGCUUCAUAUUUUUGCCUUAUCAAUGCUGCCAGUAUCCAGAGGAAAUAUUGAAUCUAUUCAAUUGGAAACUCAAUAUGCUCGAUCAACCAAGAAAUGGAUAGAAAACACUGAUAAAGUUCAGAUCGUGGAGGUUCUCAUCAACAAUGUCGGGUCCUCCAUUGCUUUGCGAAACAACGAUGUUCGUGUAAGCGUCGAGUCAUCGGGCUUAGAGACCGUAACGCCAGGGUUCAUCAAGCGUCUGGGUCCUGGGGAUCAAGCCACGGUGGAAGUCGGUGUUCGGAACCGAAAGGGAGUGGCAAUCGGGGGUUCAGGCCCUGCAACAAUUGUCAUUGAGGGUCACAAUGUCAUGUCUACUAAGUAUACCUUUGAGGCAACAUACGGAAUUGGCCUUUACGAGGCUACCUAUGAGUCCGUGUACAGUCACGAAUCCCCAAACUGGUACAACAAUGCCAAGUAUGGGAUUUUCAUUCAUUGGGGAAUCUACUCGGUCCCUGGCUGGGCCAACUCGGGAUCCAAAGAAGACUACGCCGAAUGGUACUGGUGGUGGCUUAAUGAAGGUCCGAGCGGAUCAGUCGGUGUAUAUGACUAUCAUCUAAAGAAAUACGGUCCACAUGUUGUGUACGACGACUUUAUCCAGAAUUUCACCGUCAGCGAAUGGAACCCUAAGGAGUGGGUGGACCUAUUUGCUGAUGCCGGGGCCAACUACUUCGUUCAAGUCAGCAAGCACCAUGAGGGGUAUGCUCUGUUCGACCUUCCGGAAAAUGUGACGAAAAGGACGUCGGUUACGAUGACUCCCUAUCGCAAUUUGCUACAGGUACUAAAAAGUGAAUGA